AUGGACGUGCUGUCGAGCAUUGACCCCACUUCCUCGGGCGGCUCCCAGGCGGACCCCUAUCGUCCCUCGUUCUUUGAGCUGAUUGCACAGGAGCAGCUGUCGUCCUUGCUGAAGCCGGCGGUGCGCUAUGUGCUUACUGUGCUCGCGCAGCGCAAUCCGCGCUACCUUCUGCGGAUCGUAAACCGCUUCGACGAGAUCUAUGCGCUGCUUAUGCUCGCUAUCGACCGGCAUUACCUGCGCACUUGGAAUGCAAGCUUUACAGAGAACUUUUAUGGCCUCAAGCGCCGCCGCCGCCCGGCGGUGUCCACCAAGCGCGUCGAGGCCGCCGUGUCGCACCAGGCGUUACAAGCGUCGCAGCAUCUGCGCCCCCGCGAGGUCAACCUGUCGCUUCUGGCUUUGGUCGGGCUGCCGUACCUAGAGACCAAGCUCACGCAGUACUGGGAGCACCUCGGCGGCGGUGUCGGCACCGACGACCUGCUCGGCGACGAGCCCGACCAAGCCACAUUCCGCGGCACGGACACGGACACGAGUCUGCGUCGCCGCUGGGAGGACGCGUUCCGCAAAGGAUACCCCUACGCACAGGUUGCGUACCAGCUCUGGAUGCUGGCCUACAACAUCGGCUACCUCUUCAACCGCAUGCCGUACUGGCGGCCGUGGUACCGCUGGAUGCGUGUCGACAUCCGGCGUAUGCAAGGCGACGAGCAGCCGCUUGUCGCGGCAAGCGACCGCCCCCUGCCCCCCCUGACCAAGUUCCCGAUGCUCUUUAGCGCGCUGCUUGCGCGCCGCGGUGCUGCGUUUGUGUUUGAGAUGCUCAAGUAUGCGUUGCCUGCCAGCAUCUUUUUCUUCAAGUUCCUCGAGUGGUGGUACUCACCGAACAACCCCCGCCGUCGCCGCGGCGACGAUGACGACGCGAGCCCCCGCGCGCAGGUGAAGCCGCCUGCGCCGUUGCAGCCGAGCGACGACGGUGCGAUGGUCGAGCGGCCGCCGACGUGGAAAGACCCCCGCAUUCUGACGAGCGGUGUGCCGGAUGCCGCGCUCUUUGCCGACGAGGAUGCGCCGGCGGCGCUGCUGCACAACUCGUGCCCCCUCUGUGGCGUGGCGCCGAUCCAAAACCCCUGUGUGCUGGCGACGGGCUACGCAUUCUGCUAUACGUGUGCCCGGUGA